AUGGAAACACAAAACCUAACAGUGUUAAACGAGUUCAUUCUCAUGGGGAUCACAGACCGCCCUGAUCUGCAAGCUCCAUUAUUUGGACUCUUCUUGAUCAUCUACAUGAUCUCAGUGGUGGGCAACUUGGGCAUAAUCAUCCUCACCAAGGUGGACUCCGGCCUCCAGACACCCAUGUACUUCUUUCUCAGACACCUGGCUUUCACUGAUCUUGGUUAUUCAACAACUGUAGGGCCCAAAAUGUUAGUAAAUUUUGUUGUGGAUCAAAAUACAAUCUCCUAUUAUUUCUGUGCUCUACAACUAGCUUUUUUUCUUGUGUUUAUUGAUGGUGAAAUUUUUAUUCUAUCUGUCAUGUCCUAUGACCGCUAUGUGGCCAUCUGUAACCCUUUGCUCUACCCAGUCAUCAUGACACAAAGGCUAUGCCAGCUGCUGGUGGCUGUCUCCUAUCUCCACAGCACAUUUGUUUCUCUUCUAAUCACCAUAAAAAUCUUUCGCUCAUCUUUCUGCGGCUAUAAUGUUGUCAGUCAUUUCUACUGUGACACUCUCCCCUUGUUACCUUUGCUCUGUUCAAAUAUGCAGGAAAUUGAAUUGAUUAUUCUGAUUUUAGCCAGUUUUGAUUUGAUUUCAUCCUUUCUGAUAGUCGUUGUGUCUUACCUCCUCAUUCUUGAAUCCAUUCUGAGGAUGAACUCUGCUGAGGGUCGGCACAAGGCUUUUUCUACCUGUGGAUCCCACCUGAUGGUGGUCGUAAUAUUUUAUGGGACGUUGAUAUUUAUGUAUGUGCAACCUGAGUCCAGUCAUUCCUUGGACAGUGAUAAAGUGGCUUCCAUAAUUUACACCCUCGUUAUUCCCAUGUUGAAUCCCUUGAUCUAUAGCUUGAGGAACAAAGAUGUAAAAUGUGCACUACAAAGAGUCUGGGAAAAUCCAUGUAAUACUUUUUUCCUUAAGGUUUACACAUUAUAA